AUGGAGGUUGCGCAAGAAAACUUCAGCAGUGGUGGUCAAGGAAACUAUGCAACAGCCGCAAAACAUGUUUCCAAAGUGAUAGAUUCAAGGGUCAAGGAAACUUUAGUGGUGGUCGAAGCAGCAGCACCAAUGUGGCCUCGGCCCAAAUCCAAUGGCUCGAGCGGAAGGAACGUAACGAAAGUCAACUGGAGUGAGAGAGUUCACAUUCCCAUAACGAUUUUCUACAAUGAGUGCUCCGUCGUUAUCCAUUUCAUCAUCACACUUGGGACUUGGCGCAAAUUGUCGGAUACUCUGCGUCAAUGUGCGGCUGGUCGCGGCGGAGGCGAUGGGAUUGAGGUGCAUAUUAGGCAGGGAGAUUAUGAAGGAAAAGCAAUGAUUGUAUUGUGGGUAACUGUAGAUGAACAAGAUUCGAGCACAGUGCUGUAUUGGGCUGAGAAGAGCAAUGAGAGGAAGAAGAAGAAGAAGGCAGAGGGGAAGGGUAUUUGGGGCAGAGUUACGACUCAAUCAAGAAACUUACACAUUAUGAGAAGAAUCCGAAGAAGGGGCAGACUCUGUUGUUUGUUGGCGAUCUUUCUUAUGCUGAUAGGUAUGAUUUCCUUGACAAUAGGAGGUGGGAUUCAUGGGGGAGGUUUGUGGAGAGGAGUGUGGCUUUCCAACCCUGGAUUUAGACUGCUGGAAAUCAUGAGACCAAUUUCGAUCCUAAAAUUGGCGAAACGAAACCAUUCAAGCCUUAUAAGCAUCAUUAUCACGUCCCUUACAAAGCAUCAAAGAGCACCGAACCAUUUUGGUACUCUAUUCAACACAUAUCAUAGUUCUGGCUUCUUAUUCAGCAUACGGUCGGUAAAUAAACAAAAUGCAAUCGCAAAACUGGUCAAAAUGGCGUGCGACUACUUGUUUGUUAUUCUUUUUUGCUCCCUUUUGAAAGGUAAAUACACUCCUCAAUACACGUGGCUCGAAGAGGAGCUGCCGAAGGUGAACAGAUCGGAGACGCCAUGGCUGAUUGUGCUGAUGCAUUCUCCAUGGUACAACAGCUACAACUACCACUACAUGGAAGGAGAAACCGUGAAAGUUAUGUACGAGCCGUGGUUCGUCAAAUACAAAGUCGACGUCGUGUUUGCUGGCCAUGUACAUGCCUAUGAACGAUCGGUAUGUUGCAUCAAACAGCCACAGAUUGAUUGCUUUGAUUCACAUUCUUCCAUCAAAAUCAGUUUCAUAUCUUUAUAUAGACCAAUCGGCCCAUGUUUACAUAAUCAUCGGAGAUGGGGGAAAUCUCGAAGGCCUCGCUACCAACAUGACAGAGCCACAGCCGAAAUACUCGGCGUUCCAGGAGGCGAGCUUCGGACAUGCAACAUUCGCUAUAAAGAACAGGACACACGCGUACUACAGCUGGCACCAGAACCAAGAUGGGGUCGCGGUGGAAGCCAACUCCAUGUGGUUCUUCAACAGGGUAUACACGAUUUUGGAUAUAUUUUGAGUCGCAAAGAUUCGCUUGGCUUAUACGAUAUUUCGACCCUAUUAACGCCCCGAGUUACACGAAAUUCGUACGAGGAUAAAACAAAGCAACACUCGGAUUUUAGUUAAAAAAUCAAGCAAUGGAUAACAAAAAGUAGUGGAGGUACCCAAAAGCGGAUAUCUUCAUUGCGGAUGGUCUAAUGUCAACAUGACAGAGCCACAGCCGAAAUAUUCGGCGUUCCGGGAGGCGAGCUUCGGACAUGUGACAUUCGCUAUAAAGAACAGGACACACGCGCACUACAACUGGCACCAGAACCAGGACAGGGUCGCGGUGGAAGCCGACUCCAUGUGGUUCUUCAACAGGUACCGGCAGUUUAUUGAUGAUUCGACUACUACCACUACUCAAUAAUAAUAAUAAUAAUAAUAAUAUUAUUAAUAAUAAUAAUUUAUAGGGAAUUCGUAUUUCCUACUGCAGUUGCUAUGCUGCUUUGCUUUGUAAGGAAGCAGUACAAAUUUCUGAAUAUUUUUUUAACAUAUCUAAGUGAAAUGCUUAUU